AUGGUCCUGGCCGGAGGCGCACACAUACAGGCCCUCAGCAGUCCUCAAUGGCCCGUCGUCGGCCAUUCCCUCCCCUCGACCGCCGAGUCCCGCCGAGCGAUACACACCACCCCGCCGACCCCACGGCCAUCGUCGCCAGCAUGGCGCGCUGAGCCCCCGCGGCCGCCGGCGUCGACGCACAACGCAGGGGACGAGCUCCCGGAGCAGCUCCGCGGGGUGAUGCGGCGGCUGGCGCACUCGGUGGUGGUCUGCACGGCGACGGACCGGAGGGGCCGGCCGCGGGGGAUGACCAUGUCGAGCUUCGUGUCGCUAAGCAUGGAGCCCGUGCCUCUGGUGACGUUCAACGUGCGGACGCCCAGCCGGACGCUGCAGGCGAUCCAGGACGAGGGCAGCGGCGGGCUGUUCAAUAUUCACGUCCUGGCUGAGGGCGCCGAGGGCGCGCGCGUCGCCGAGUGGUUCACGAGGGGCAACGGCGCCGCCGGCGAGGGGCUCUUCCGCGAGCUGCCGGACGGCGUCGGGGUCUGCGAGGAGGACGGCGCGGCGCCCGUGCUGGAGGGCAAGGGGGUCCUGUACGUGCUGCGGUGUAGGGCCCUAGGGGAGGGGAUGGUGAGGGUGAGGGACCACGUCGUCGUCGUGGGGGAAGUCGAAGGGGUGCUGAGGGGUGAGGGGGAGGGGUUCGGUCUCGUCUACGCUGACCGGCGGUAUCGGGUCUUGGGAGACGUCUUGGUCAAGGGAGAGGAGUGA